GGGAUAAGUGUACGAGCUUCUCUCUCCUGCGGCGCUGGGGGAGGGGAGUGGGGACGGGAGAUCUCUCUGUCUUUGUCUCUCUGUGUGCAGAACGCCGAUGGUGAAUGCUCCUGGCUGAGUGAAUGGGAGGAGAGCUGGAGAGGAGGGAGUUUCGCAGCCUGGUCUCCGUUCGUUUUGGACCUUCAUGCCAUCGCACCAAGAUCUAGCUCCGCCAAUUCCACAUGCAAUCCGACCAUGGCAUCUGUCAAAAUUGAAUGUGUGGUGAAAGAGAAAUAUUCAGUUUCGGAAAGCCCUGUUUGGGAAGAGAAAGAAGGCACGCUUCUCUACGCCGAUGUCAGUGAACAGAAUGUGUACAGGUGGAAUCCUGAUACUAACCAAGUGAAAAAGGUCCAUCUUGAUGCACCUGUUGGUUCGGUGGUCCCUCGAAGUUCCGGGGGCUACGUCCUUGCCCUUGGAAAAAGGUUUGCCUUUUUGGACUGGGAAGCUGAGGUGGUUACUGACAUCUCCAAGAUCGACUGCGAAAAAUCCAACAACAGAUUCAAUGAUGGCAAGGUUGACCCAGCCGGGCGGUUCUUUGCAGGGACAAUGGCAAUGGAGGUUCUCCCGGGACAAUUUGAAAGGCACCAGGGAUCACUUUAUGCCCUACGGACGGAUCAUUCUGUGGUGAAACACUUUGACCAGGUGGAUGUUUCCAAUGGUUUAGCAUGGUCGUUGGAUCACAGCAUCUUCUAUUAUAUAGACAGCUUGUCGUUUACUGUUGAUGCGUUUGACUACAAUCUGCAGUCAGGAGAGAUCUCAAAUCGAAGGGUCGUCUACCGGCUCGAACAAGAUGAGUCUAUACCGGAUGGGCAGUGCAUCGACAGUGAAGGGAAGCUCUGGGUUGCCUGUUACAACGGUGGCAGAGUCCUUCGUAUUGACCCGGAGACAGGAAAAAGACUCCAGACGGUGAAGCUGCCCGUCAGUAAAACAACUUCUUGCUGUUUCGGAGGAAAGGAUUACUCUGACCUUUAUGUGACCUCGGCCAGCAAACGAAUGGACCGAGAGUCGCUUCAGAGGGAGCCACUGGCGGGUGGGAUUUUUAAGGUUACAGGACUGGGUGUGAAGGGGCUGCCGCCACAUUCAUUCAUGGGAUAGAAUAUUUUCUAACCGCUUCGCUGCCAAUGGAGAAGAGACUCAAUAACAUAGCUGUAUGAAUAAACAGAACCACAAUCAGACCCACCUGCCUGGAGACACAUCUAACCAUUUUCUCUGCAAUGUGUGCGAAUGUAAACUGUAACAGUCGUGCCGGUUCACUGUGUGAAAAUGCUCCUAACAAAGUUAUUUCUGCCUAA